AACAUUCUGAGUUUGUUAUCAAUGAGUAAGCGGUGUCAACUACCGCAACAAAUGCCCAAAUGUUGUUUGGCAUCUGCGUUGCACCGUUUGCGUUAGCAGAGUGACGCCCUUGAAAAAGAACAGAAAAAAGUUGAAAGUUGCACCAAUUUGCCAAGCAUCUAUGAGGAUGAGCCCAUGAUAUUCAGUUGCUAGUGGAUUUCGACAAACGAAGAAGGAGAAAAGUGCUUCAAAAAUAGUGCUGUGUUAAUUAUUCUAGUCACGUUAUAUAACAAAAAUUUACGAAAAUGAGUUUUCUGGACGACCGGGGCAUCCUCUAUAUAAUAGCGGAUCUCUUGUCACUAAUAACUAUAGCAUCCUGCUUGAUAUCGAAAGUACCACAGAUUCAAACUGUGCGACAAUUAAAAUCCGCAACAGGAUUGUCCCUGAAUGGACUGCUCAUGGAACUAUGCAGCUACAGUGUGACGAUGCUGUACAAUUUCACCAAUCGGUAUGCCUUCCUUUCAUAUAUGGAAUAUCCUAUCCUACUCGUUCAGGAGUACGUGCUGGUGUACGUAGUGUUGAAGUAUAGUAACAUGUUGAACAAACCGGCAUACAUCUGGAGUGGCAUUUACGUGGCGGUAUUCUCUGGGUUCGCUACUGGGAUCAUUCCAAGCAGUGUACUAAUGAUGCUUGUUCCGUUAACGACACCGGUAGGUGCCACUAGCAAAGUGAUGCAACUGGUCGCUAUACUCAAAUCCAAAGAUGCACAGUCGGUUAGUCUGAUAACAUGGGCCAUUUCUGCAUUUACAAAUUCAACUCGCAUCUACACCAUCCUGCUGGAUUCGGGAGACAAAAUGCUGCUAACCAAUUUUGGAAUCUCGACCGUUCUGAGCACUUCCGUAUUUCUAGCAGCGUGGUAUUACAAGAAACCAAAGAAGGAAUAAUAACAUUAACGAUGGUGUUUCGCAAUACUAUUCGCUACGUGGCUUACAAUAUCGACGGCACAACUUGCUUCCGUUGUUCCACCGCAAGCAGCUUAUACGACGAAAGCGUCAGAGCGAUCUACUACGCUGACUUUUAACGGCCAAUAGUAGCUGUUAAACUUUUAAUGCUUUUUUCCCAAAAAAAAAACUGGUUUCAAACAGUAUCACAUUUAAUCUAGUCCAGUCUUGAUUAGUAAGUAGCUAAGAGUAAACAAAUUAGGACAUAUUUCGCACAAGCUGUAUUAUUUCUACUUAACUUUCUAUCACGCUUGAUUGUUAUUAUUAUAAACGAUGAAAGACAAUUAAUAAAGACGAUUUUUAAUUACAUCGCAAGAAA